AUGGCCCAGUACGGCUACCAGCAGCCCAGCAUGAGCGCGCACGCCGGCGCUCUCGAGGCAGGGAGUCCGUUCGCAUCUGGGUCGGGGUCGGCAACCCCUCUCGGUGGCUCGACUCGCUCUGGGCGCGUCGUGAAACCCGUCCAACCCUAUACCGCGCCCGUACAACCUCCGCGCGGCUCGACCUCAAGAGCCAAGUCCGGCCUCAACCCACUCAAGGGCGCACCGGCAGGUCCACCUCCUCCGCCGCAGCGACACCCGCUCAGCCUCGCACCUUCCGCCGUGCCGCCCAUGACGCGCAUCACGGGUCGCGGGAACGAGGGGAAGCAGAGCAUGUUCACGACGUAUCCGGCGCGGAUGAGGCUCGGGACGUCGAGUUUGAUGCAGCCGAACGCGUUCGCUGGGACGAGCGGAGGGACGCCGACAGGCGCGAACGUGACGGGGACUACGACGCCGGUGACGGGAGGCAAGCGGAGUCGGACGGCGAUCAACUAUGCCGAGCUCGAGACGCUCGACGACCUCGACGAGGAUGGCGACGCCGGGCGGAAUAAGCGCGGCGGGAGUGGGACGCCGGCAGCGAUUGCGGCGAAGAAGGCUCCGGCAGCAGCACCGACACCACCGCCAAAGCCAGACGUCUGGGGCGACGGGAAGAGCUACCUCGGCGCGCUUCCUCCAGGCAACCUCGUCCAGGUUCAGCCCGCAAAGGCGACAAAGCAUGUCUCUGCAACGGAGGAGCAGCUCGAGGAGUAUGCGGAACGACCAGCUGCUCUUGUGCCGGUCCAGAUAGACUUGGACGUCGAUACAUUCAAGAUACGAGACACCUUUGUCUGGAACGCUCUCGAACGGCAUAUCACGCCCGCCGCUUUUGCCCGCGUCUUCUGCGACGACCUCGACCUCGAUACCCAGACAUACGCAAAGGAGGUUGAGCGACAGAUUGCGGAACAGGUGGAGGAGCAGGCUGGACUGGCGCUGUAUCCGCUGAGAAGCGAGGAGGAAGAGGCGGAGAUGGUGGAGAAGGACUUGCGGGUGAUUAUCAACCUCGACGUCCAGAUCGGCACCCUUCGACUGCAAGACAAGCUCGAAUGGGACCUUUCGUCCUCGCUCACGCCCGAACUCUUCGCCGCCUCCCUCUGCCGCGACCUCUCACUCUCGUCCAACGCCGCACCCCUGAUCGCCCACGCGCUCCACGAAGAGCUAAUCCGCCUCAAGCGGAGCUGUCUCGAAAUCGGCUUGUUGAACGAGAACGACACGAACAAGGGCAGGAGGGGCGCCAAGAUGCUCGAGGGCGUUUGGCGGGACUGGAACGAGGCGCAGAACUUUGGGCCGAAGGUGGAAAGGCUCACGCUGGACGAGCUGGACAAGGUCGAGCAGGAAAGGGAGAGGGCGAACAGACGAGCAAAACGGGACCGUGUAGGCGUCGCAAGGAAUGCGCCGCGUCCCAAGCGGUAG